AUGGCGGACUUACAAGGUCUUCAGUAUGGACGAGACUGGGCUCUUCUGGAAGAGGAUGCAGUCACGUACAUAUAUAUGAAAGACGAAGCCAGAGUUUCGGGUUUCAAGGCACACAAGGAUAGGGUGACCCUUAUCAUGUGGGGCAAUGCGGCAGGCUUCAUGUUGAAGCCAGGUUUAAUUUACAAGUCCGCUAAACCCAGGGCCCUCAAGAAUAAAAAUAUGCAUACGCUGCCGGUGUUUUGGAUGCAUAACUCCAAGGCCUGGAUCACCAAAGUCCUUACGGAACGGUGGUUCCUUCAAAGCUUCAUUCCACAAGUUAAGCAAUACCUCAGCGACUUGUGUAUGGAGUUCAAGGUCUUGUUGCUUAUGGACAACGCCGGUGGCCACCCUGCUGAUCUUUGUUAUGAGGGAGUCCAGAUCGAGUUCCUCCCUGCGAACACCACCUCUCUUCUGCAGCCCAUGGAUCAGGGCGUAAUCUGUGCCUUUAACGCACUACACACCCGGAACUCCCUCGAUCACCUAGUCAAGGCAAUGGAUGACAACAGUGAAUUCACGCUGAAAGGUUAUUGGCGAAAAUUCACGAUCGCUACCUGUCUGAACGUCAUCGAUAGGUCAUUGAGGGAUAUGAAGAAAGAGACCCUGAAUUCCUGCUGGAAGAAGUUGUGGCCGAAGUGUGUGAACGAUUACAAGGGAUUUUCUCCACAAGAAAUUCAGCAUUCUGCAAUAGAUUAUGCCAUCAAAUUGGCGAAAAUCCUUGGUGGACAAGGAUUCGACGACAUCACCAAGGAUGAAGUGGGAUCCCUGAUCGACACACUCUGA